AUGCGUCGUGUGUAUCAAAAAGCUGUGGCUAUACCUUUAAAUAAUGUGGAACAUUUAUGGAAAGAAUAUGAUCAAUGGGAAAACAACUUGAAUCGAUUAACAGCAAAAAAGUUUCUGGGUGAAAAAUCAUCAGCAUAUAUGACAGCUCGUACAGCAUUACGUGAAUCAAGACCUUUUACCGAUAAUUUGAUCUUCAACACCAUUCCAAGAAAGCCGCGAUGGACUAAUAAGGAAGCUGAACAGUUGAAUUUAUGGAAACGAUAUAUCAAAUGGGAAAAAGGCAAUCCUUUACAUCUUGAAGAGAAAAACGCCGUUAUCGAAAGGGUGUCUUAUGUCUACCAACAGGCAUUUUUAGUCCUCCGAUUUUAUCCUGAACUUUGGUAUGAUUAUGCGAUGUAUUAUUGGGAACUUAGCAAACCUGACAAGACACUUGCACUUUUGAAACAAGGCAUGGAAAUCCUACCAACAAGUUUAUUACUCCACUUUGCAUAUGCUGAAAUUUGUGAAUCACGAAAAAUGCUCGAUGAAGCUCGCAAAUCAUUCGACUCCUUACUUGAACGACUAGAUCAAGACAUUGAAAAAUUAAAGUCAACAGCACAACAAGAUAUUCAAGUUUUACAACAAGAGGCGGAUGAAGAAAAAGCAAAUAUGAAUCUUGGUGAUGAUGUUGAUGGUGAAUUACGAGAACAAUUACGUACAAAGGAACGACAAGUUAAGAAAGAACAGGAUAAAUUGGAAGAACAACUAUCGGAAAAUAUGGAUGUGAUCAUGCGACAAUGUUCCCUCGUUUGGAUUGCUUAUAUGCGUUUUGCUAGAAGAACUGAAGGUAUCAAAGCAGCAAGAGCAUUGUUUUCAAGGGCUCGUAAAUCUCAAAAUCGAACAUACCAUGUAUUUAUUGCCUCUGCCCUCAUGGAAUACCACAACAGCAAGGAUGCAGGUAUCGCAGGUAAAAUCUUUGGUCUUGGUAUCAAGUCAUUUGCAGAUGAUCCAGCUUAUAUUUGUGAAUACUUGGACUUUUUGAUUCAAAUGAAUGACGACAACAAUACACGAGCUCUGUUUGAAAGAUCAUUGGCCUCUCUACCAUCUGAAAAAGCAACCGAUGUUUGGAGGAAAUUCAUGGAAUACGAAAACAGAUAUGGGGAUUUGACAAGUGUCCAAAAUGUGGAAAAACGAUUAAGAGAAGCAAACCCUGAAGUUACUCAAUUGGAUUCCUUUCUUGCGAGAUAUAGCUAUCUAGAUCUUCAUCCGGUAAGCGAAUUAGAAGUUUUGGAAGAACCAUCAUCAGGAACUCCUGCAGCAUCACCAUCCGAUAUAGAUACAAAUCAAGUCGACGAUGAAUAUGAUCAACAGCAGCAACAGCAGAGUUACAAGGAAAAGCAAACAUUAGGAAGAACUGGUGAACCAAAACGGGCAUUGUUGGAAUCUGUUCAUGCUGAACGUUAUCCUCGACCAGAUUGGAGUCAAUGGCAAUUAUUCAAACCAACCGCAGAAUCUUCACGACCACCCAUUAGUAAUCUAUCAGCUCCUUUAGGAACAGUGGAUGAACUCAAACGAUCCGCACUUAACCCAAGCUCUCCUCCUCCUCCAUUUGCCGCAACAACUACUCCACCCCAAAUUGGACAUGAAGGCGGAUCUGCACCUACUGUAUCUACUCAGCCAAUAAUACCAGCACCUAUCCAACAACAGCAACAAUUACAUACAAACCAACCACCAGAACCUUCACCACCAUCUUCCAAUUUGCCUGAUCUAAUUACUUAUUUCGUCACCAAUCUACCAUCACCAGCUGAUUAUAAUGGACCUAUACUCAACGCCAUGGAAUUUGUAGAAUUAUUACGUAAUGUCAAUCUACCAUCGUCUCCCAUGCCUCGUGGUUCAGCUGUUCCAAUUGGUAUGUCCCGGUUACCAUCAUCAUCUUCUGCUACUUCUUCACCAUCACCUGGUCGUGGUCAUCCUGGAAUAAAGCACAACUUGGGUCGUGAUAUGCCUCCUGGUCGUGGAAGAGGUCGUGGUGGUAGUGGAAUGGGCUUCAAAAGGGGUGGCAGUGGUGGACCAAUCCGAGGCCGUGGUAUGAAACGAAAAGGUGGACGAGAUGAUUAUGAAGACGAUUAUCAAGGCAACAAAGGUAUGGGACCUAAUCGACCACCGGAUUAUGAUGUAUUUAGAGCAAGACAACAAGCCAAGAGACAACGAGACGACUCUCCUUUUUAG